CUCUCCCCACAUAACUGGCCGAGCAUCUGGGUGGUCCUCACAGCGAUGGGAGAAACUGCUGUCACUCACUUCACAGAUGAGGGGCUGAGAUAGCAUUGAUCACCACCUCUCUCUGGGCGCACAGUGUACCACCUGCCCUCCUCCCAGAUCCUCCAGCCCUGCAGAGGUUUCUGCCUUUUGUCAUUGUCCUGAGAUCUUGCUAGCAUUCCUGGCCUCUUCUCUCCUUUCUCAGAACCAUCUGGGAAGAAACUCUUUGCAUGUCCGACUCUCCCUUGCUCUGCUGACAUUUAGUCUGGCUGUUGUUACUCAAGCAUCUAUACAUUUCUUAUUAUCUGGUAUAUUCCUAGCCAUUUCAACACUUAAAUGUGCUCCCCUGCGCCCCGCCCCGCCUUGCCCCGCCCCCAAAAGGGUUUCUUUGUGUAGCCCUGGCUGUCCUAGAACUCACUCUGUAGACCAGGCUGGCCUCGAACUCAAAACUCUCGCUGCCUCUGCCUCCUGAGUGCUGGGACUAAAGGCAUGUGCUACUGGGCUUGGCUGUCACACUUUCGAUUUGUUGGUUGGGCUUUGUGACACCAGAGGCCCACAUCAGGUGUCUUCCUUGCUUCCGUAUAUAUCGAGACAGGAUCUCUCACUGAACCUGGAGCUCACCAACUUGGAUACCCUGCCUGGCCAGUGAGCACUAGGGCUCCCCCAGUCUCUGCCUCCCCUAUAGUGGGGUCACGGGCAUGAGCUGCUGAGCUCAAGUAUUUUGCAUGGGAGAUCUGCACUCAGGUCCUCUUGCUCACACAGUAAGAGCUUUGCUGACUGAGCCACUUGCUCAGCCCCUCAUUGUGCCUUGAAAAUGAUUAUCCCGUGACCUUGUCACAGACACUUCUCAUCCCUUUGACAUCACAGACCCCAGUCUGCCCAUCAGCUUCCUGGACCUUAAUGUUGUCUUUACCUUCAACAUUGGCCUGAGCUCCCUUCAAGCCAGGUGCUGUUCUCAGUGACAGAGGCCAUAUCAUAUGCUGCUGAGACACCCUGACUGUGGAGACAGUCUGUGGAGACUGAGGGCCCAGCAGCCACAUCACCGAAAUGCCUCUCUUUAUGUCUGAGCCCGGGAUGUCUGGGCUGUCCAGCAGAGGAUUAGAUUCUUCUCAGACUGUGGACAGAAAUCACCCUGGGGCUCUGAGUGGCCGUGUGGCUCCCAGCCACAAACAGUGCUUGGGUCUCCCAAGCCCCCAUACUCUGACUGAUGGAAUGGAAAUGCAGAGAGACACGGAGCGAGCAGCUCAGCUGAGCCCUUCUUCCGAAGAUGAAGCCUUAGUUUUGAGGCAGAAGCCGUUAGAGAUGCCAGCCCAAGAGGAGGACAGUACCACUCUGCAGCAGUGGAAAGCACGGCAGCUGCAACGCCUGGCUGAGGAGUUAAAGGCAGAGUGGCAGGAGGCCCGGCUGCAGCAGGUCCGACAGGCUGAACGCCUCUACUUAUCCCACCUGUUGGACGAGGCAGCCGAGCGGAGCAUGGGAAACGAUCCCAGCGUGCAUGAACAGAACCAGAGAAGAACAGCAAAACACACAAGGGCUAAAGAGAGAAACCGAGCAGCUUUCAGAGAGGAGCGGGGCCGCAGGGAGGAGCACCCCAGGCAGCACCCCAAGUCCCGGAAAAAGGCACCAUGCUCAGAGAGACGCAGUUCUGCCAAAGCCCGGGGCCCAGCCUCCGGUGAGAAGGGUAAAAGGAGACGGGUGUCUUCAAGUAAGGACCACGAUGGCUACCAGGGCCCUCGGGUGACCAGAAGGGUAGGUGUGGCAAAGCUCAACCCAUUCUUUGAUGGAGACACUGACUGCAUGGAGGACGUGCAGAAGGAAUUCUUCCGGGAGGGGAGGCGGCCCUCGGCAAAGGGGACUCACAACCUCAGGGACCAGAGUCUACAGGGCAAAACAACAGCCCUAACUCAGCCCUUGCUCCACGGCCCCACCUGCAAACAAGAGGCUGCAGCCCAGGAGCCCCCAAGCAAGUACAACAAGAAUCUGUGGCACAAAGAAAUCGAAUCUACCUUUGAAGAAUUGUUUAACAUGAAUAGGAAGCUGAAGAAACAUUUGAAUUUGCACCUGGAACAGAGGCUCAAGGCAGACCAGAAUCCAGAUGAGCAGCAGAGCUACUCAGAGAUUCGGAGUGAGACCUUUGGCACCCCGAGAGAGGAGAGGACGGAGGAGGUAGAAACCGCCGAGGAGUCUGGGAGCCCAACCGAGGUGGAGACCACUGAGAUGUGGUCCAAAGUCAAUCUGAAACAGAUACUGAGUGACUCAGAGUACCCCAGAUACCAGCAGAUAGCAAAGUACCCGUUAAAGAGUGAAAGCCUAGUGCCUGUCAAGGCAGGGACAUCUAGAGAACAAGAUGACUUACUCUCACUAAGCCCAGAGUCAGGACAGGAGCCGCCCAAGUCACCUUUGUUGGAGGACGAAAGCCUCAAGCCUUACCUGCAGAAACAGGCAGACUCUGUAGCAAGCUGGAUGGCUUUGAGGCAAAAGCAGAAGGCAGAGUUGGAGCAGAGAAGGCAAAAGGCACUUUUGGAGCUGACAGAACACCCCAACAUGAGCUUGGAGAUCCACUACAAGGCUGAGCUGGAGGAAGAACGCCGGGCGCGUAGACGGAUGCGCUUGGCUCUCCUCAAAUCUAAUUCCACUGGGAUCUGUGCCCUGCCCCCUGACCGAAACAACCUGUCCCUGGACAACGGCCUUCUCGAUGAGGACAAACAGAACCAGAUGAUUCGUGACCUCCAGCAGCAGAUCUUAGAGCAAAACAAGUUACACCAGGAGUUUUUGGAAAAAGCCAGGAAACGCUUGCAAGAGUUUCAAAAAUCAUUUUAAAAGCAGACCCACCCAUGAUAAAUACAUCCCUGAUGGCUGCUUUGCCUGCACCGUG